UUAGAGGAGUAAAACAGGAAAAAAAUAUUCUGAACCAAUGGACUGCAGACAUAGUACAAGAGAUGACCAGAGACUGCAGACAUAGUACAAGAGAUGACCAGAGACUGCAGACAUAGUACAAGAGAUGACCAGAGACUGCGGACAUAGUACAGGAGAUGACCAGAGACUGCAGACAGUACAGGAGAUGACCAGAGACUGCGGACACAGUACAGGAGAUGACCAGAGACUGCGGACACAGUACAGGAGAUGGCCAGAGACUGCGGACACAGUACAGGAGAUGACCAGAGACUGCGGACACAGUACAGGAGAUGACCAGAGACUGAGGACACAGUACAGGAGAUGGCCAGAGACUGCGGACACAGUACAGGAGAUGACCAGA